GCUAGUGACAGUGACGUUGCCCAGUUUGUUUACAUCCGUGCAUCAUAGGAUAAAGACAAGUGCAUUCAUACGGUAAAAUGGGGUCCAGAAAGCGCAGCAGACGUGAUCGCUCCUCUUCCUCCUCAUCGGCCAGUAGUGCGUCCUCAAAACGUUCCCCCAAGCGGGGCAGAUCCAGCGAUUCUGCUCGACACAGAAAAGACUCUCCAGCCGAGCGAAGCGCAUCCAGGUACAGAAGGGGGUCCCCCCGAAGGGACACAGGCAGACAUUCACGGGGCUCCGGGAACAACUACCGGCAAAGAAACUCUGGCAAUGAGUCGCGGGGCUUUGGCCGGGGCCGGGGUCGGGGCAACCGCAGACGAAGCAGGAGCAGGUCCUUUGACCAUGCGAACGCCCGUUGGGGCAAGGAGGAUAACCAACCGAAGGAGAAGCGGAAAGACAUGGAGAACAAGGCGAAGCCCGACUUUGGACUGUCCGGGAAACUGACUGAAGAAACCAACACGUACAAAGGAGUGGUGAUCAAGUACAGUGAGCCUCCAGAGGCCAGAAAGCCGAGGCGGCGAUGGAGGCUGUACCCGUUCAAGGGCGAGAAGGCGCUACAGACGUUGUACAUUCAUCGCGAGAGCGCCUACCUUAUCGGUAGGGACCGAAAGGUCGUGGAUCUGGCUGUGGACCAUCCGUCAUGUUCCAAGCAGCAUGCGGCGCUGCAAUACAGAUUGGUGCCAUUUACCAGGGAGAACGGAAGUGCGGGCAAAAGGGUAAGGCCUUACCUCAUCGAUCUGGAGUCAGCCAAUGGCACGUUCAUCAACAACAAUAAAAUCGAGCCCAAGAAGUACGUGGAGCUGCUGGAGCGGGACGUGAUCAAAUUCGGGUUCAGUUCAAGGGAGUACGUGCUGCUGCAUGAGAACAGCAAGGAUGAGGCGAUGGACGACGACGUCAAGCCCGAAGAUGAGCAAGUGAAGGAGGAGCCCAUUCUUAAAGCAGAGAAGGACUGAGUGUGCUGUGCGGUACUUCGAGUCUGGGGCCAAAGACGGAAUACGAAGCACUUUGAUACAUGUACUUUUAAUACGAACAUGUUUGUACAUAGGUAUUGCAAGUAAAUAUUUAAUUGUU